AUGAUGCUCGUCACUGGUGAUGUUACAGAAGUAGUCAAUACUUCGUUCUUUAACAGACAAAGACAUCAUCAUUUUGAUAGUAAUUUUAAUCAAACUAUGGAUUAUUUUCCUACCAAUACUGAUGAUAUCAAUGAUUGUGAUGCUAAAUCGAACAAAUCAAUUUCAAAUAAUAAUGCCAUAAAUCUCAUGUUGAAAACAACGCCAAAUACAGAACGUAGUAGUAAUAGACGAAAACAAUUGGCGCCUCGUUCUCGACUUGUUCGUCAAUGUGAUCUAUGUGAUUUUUCUUCGUCAACUAUUAAUGAAUUUAAAAAUCAUAUGAAAUACGAACACGAAACUGAACAAGUAUAUUUAUGUGAUGCAUGCCGAUAUUAUUCAUUAUCAUCGUAUGAUUUUCAGUUACAUCUUAAUUCUCAUCAUGAUUUAUCCAAAAAUAAUCAUCAAUCAUUAUCACCACCGAAAUUAAAUCUUUUUGUAAAACCAUCUCCGAACGCUGGAUCUGAUGAAGAAAUCGAAGAGGAUAAUGACGAACAUCAAAUUAGCAUAAAUACUUCAAAAGAACAAAAUAAUACAACAUUUGAUAACGAUGAACAAAGUUCAGAUGAUGAACAACAAAAUCCUUCUACUGGUCUAAAUAAGAAACUUGAUCUUUCCGUUACUUCAUCUCAUUCGUAUACAACACAACAGACAUCAUCAAUUGUUCCUGAUCGCAAACGUCCUUAUAACGUUUCUGUUGAUCCAGCACGUUACCGUCGUGUACCUGAUCCCGAAGAUACAAAUUCAGUAAAAUUCGCUUGUUCAUUAUGUGGUAAUUUAUACAAAUGGAGAAAAAGUUUAAAUAAACACUGGAAAGAAAAACAUAACGAAGAAGAGCCACCUCCACUUGACGCACCUGUUACAAUACGUCCAUCUAAAUCAUCUCAAUCAAAAACAAUAAGUUCAAAUCCAAUCGAAAUGUUGCCAAUAUCAAAUAAAUCUAUUCCAAACCAACAUCCAGCCUUUCCAUUUAAUCCUUAUGCAUGGUUAAAAUUAGCAACAUCAAUAUCAACAAAUGCUCCAGUUGAUCAACAUCCAUUAGAUCUUCGAAUAAAAGCUACUGAGAAUCAUUUGAGUGACGAUGACGACGGACGUGAAAGUUCCGACGAUAGAUCAUCGCCAAGUCCACAAAAUGCAUCGGGACAAAAAAUUUUUAUGUGUUCAAUAUGUGAUCAAAAAUUUUUGUCUAUUGAAACAGUUAAUGAGCAUUUUUUAAAGAACCAUUUACAUGAAUUAGAAAAUGAAAUCGCUGGCAAAUCGCCACCGCGUAAUACGAAUGUUGCACAACAAAAUGAAGAAUGGAAUCUAAGUGAUCCAGUUAAUCCAUUAAAAUGUAUUCAAUGUGAUUUUGUUGGUCGUUGGCCAACAGAACUUCAAAAACAUGCUGCAUCACAUUCAACAUCGAGACCAUUCAAAUGUCUUAUAUGUUCAUUGACUUAUAAAUGGCGUUGGGAUUUAGCUAAGCAUUGGGAUCGUGCUCAUGCAUGCAGUGGGAAAGGAAUUACUUUAAUAAAUCCAUAUAAAAAACGUGAUCGAGACCAAGCACGUUCUAUGAUGGACAUGCCGACAGGAUCAUCAACUAAAAUACAAACAAACUCUGAUGGUCAUUCAAUAUGUUCAUCAAUGUCAAAUGAAAAUCUAACAAAACAUAAUCGUGGCAACCAUUCUGAUGAUGAACAAAGUCAAAAUUCAACUAAUUCAGACAAUGACGAUGAACAACAUACUGCAAAACGACUCAAACAGGAUGAUGAUAAGAUGUUUUUUCCUCCGCCAUUACCACCUAUUCCUCCGAUGCCACCAUCAAUGUAUUUUCCAUCGCCAUUCUUUCCGCAUCAUCCAUUAUUUUCAUCAUUUAUCAAUCCAUCAUUAUUGCUUCAACCAAAAUUUAAUUAUUCUCCACAUUUACCGAAUUUACCAAUGAAUGCAAACUUGGAUCUAUUUCGACAGGCAGCAGCUUUUUCUCAACGACCAGCAUCACCGAAUUCAUCCCGAUCAUCGUCAUCAUCAUCGCCACGUUCAUCAUCACCAUUACAACAACAACAACAACAACAACAACGUAUGCAUGCUGUUGCAGCUAUGGUCGCAGCCGCACAGGGAAAUAAUCAUCAUCAUCAUCAUAUUCGGCAACAGCAACAGCAACAGCAACAAAAGCAACAACAACAACAACAACAACAACAGCAGCAGCAGCAGCAGCAGCAGCAGCAACAACAACAACAACAACGAAGAAUUGAAAAAGACGAAAGAAAUUUUCAAUGUCGUUGGUGUGAUUAUCGUGGACGAUGGAGAAGUGAAUUAAGUCAACAUAUGAGAUGCCAUCAUGCUAGAGAUAAGCCUUAUCAUUGUUCAGCAUGUCCAUAUGCUUCGAGUUGGAAAUGGGAUGUUCAAAAACAUGUCAAAAAACAACAUGUUCAUGAUUCAGCAAAAAUCGUUGAACUACCUGAUAAAUAUUUAUUUCAAACAACUCUCAAAGCUAAAUAUGAAGGAACAGAUGAUCAAGCAUUAACAUCCAUACCAUUGACUGAAGAAGACUAUACAUUUUUUGGUGCCGAUGUUCAAACAAAAUUAUCCACAAUAAAAUAUACACGUGAUCGAACAUUAUCCUGUCAACAGUGUCCAUUCGCAGCUAAUUCAAUGGCUGAAUUACGACGUCAUUUAAUUGUUCAUUCAUCUGAAAGUCCUUAUCAUUGCUUUAAUUGUAAUUAUAAAUCGAAAUGGAAAUGUGAUGUUAAAAAACAUAUGAAAAUAUGUAAUCAUCAUGGUCCAGUUUUAGUUGGACGUAAAGCCAUGGCUAAAGUUAUGGAGAGCCUUGGUUUAAUUAUUGAAAAUAAUAAAUCUGCCUCGCCAGAAAAAAACAAUGAACAAAAAUCCAUUGAAAAUGACGAUGAAGAAGAAGACGACGAAAUAAUUGUCGACGAAAAUCAAAACGAUGAUAACAAUGAAAAAGAAAAGAUUAAUUCUCGUAUUCAAAAUAAUAAUUUACGUUGUCGACAAUGUGAUUAUGAAGCUGAAGAUCUAUCAGAUUUACUCGUUCAUCGAAAAGGUCAUGCAUCGAUUAAAAAUCGAUUUGAUUUGGAGAAAAAGUAUCAUAGUGAUAUUGAAAAUGAUGAUAAUAAUCAAUCAGAACAAGUUUUCCGUUAUGAAUUACAAUGGUUAGAAAAUAAUCCAUUGAUCAAAUCAUUUACUACGAUUCAUGAGAAAUCUCGAACAAUUCUUUAUCAAUGUUCAAAAUGCCAUUAUAAAAUAAAUAAUAAUCAUCAACAUUUUUUCACUCAUAUUGAUCAUCAACAUCCUGAAUUAUUAGAAGAUCAAAUGUAA